GCAAUCUCUGGGGCACACGGUUUGGCCGGCGGUGAAGCAAGGUGAAGUAAACCACACACGGAAUUCCAGCGGCAGCCAGCACCGCCUCGCCUCGGUGACACCAAUAAAAUUCUCUUCUCCAACCUCAACUGCGUGUCCGGGAAACAGAAGAGACGAGGAGCAAGCACGACUUCUAGAAACCGUCCAUUUAUUUCUCGUUGAAUUUAUCUGAAUUUAUUUCCUUUCGGCUCGUGUCCCCAUUUUUCUCUGCUCCUCAAGAUCCCCGCCCUCCCCGCGCGCUGCUCCCCCGGCCCCAGCCGCCGACCACCACCUGCUCGACGGGGCCGCCGCGAUGAUCCAGCUGCUGUUCGCGCUGCUGGCCGCGGAGGCGGCGCUGGCGCUGUCGCUGCUCUACCGCACGCCCGCGCGCCGCCUGGCCCUGCUCGCCGUCGACCGCGCCAAGCGCGGGCGCGGGCCCGUCAUGGCCAGGACCGUCGCGGCCACCAUGCUCGUCGUGCUCGCCUCCAGCAGCUACAGCGUCGCCAAGAUCGGCCGCCGCGCGGGGGAACUCGGCCAGCUCACGCCCACCGACCAGGUGCUCACCAGCCGGCACCUCCUCGAGGCAUCACUCAUGGGAUACUCCCUGUUUCUUGGAUUAAUUAUUGACAGGCUACAUCACUAUAUCAGAGAACUGCGGUCGAUGAAGAAAAACAUGGAGGCUGUAACAAAGCAGAGCCGAACAUUAGAAGAAGCAAAACUUGGAGGUGCGGAGGAGAUUCAAGGAUACCAGAAAGAGAUUGCCAGUCUGAAUGAACAGGUGAAAGUACUUAAGAGCCAGUCACAAACGAAAGCAGAGGAAUUAAAAACUGCUGAAGCAAAUGCCUUGGCUUUACAAAAACAAUCUGAAGGUUUGCUUAUUGAAUAUGAGCAUCUCAUUGCGGAGAAAAUGGAGUUGAGGAACCAACUACAGUCAAUUGACCUCCGCAUGUCCCGUUCUGACAGCAAGAAGAAUUCAUAAAGGGAAGUGUGCAAUUUUGACGCGUGGAGCUUGUACUGUAAAUUUUCUGCCUAUCAGGUCUUACUUUAUGCCAUUGAUGUAUCGUGUAUCUAGUAUUAAUAUCGUAAUUACACAUGAAAUUGGGUACAUGGGUGAAAUAUAUCGGUUUCUGUAUGAGCUGAUAAUCUAUCCUGUAUGGCCUUAGUUUACCCAAACAUUAGAGAUUCACUACACUUCUGAGUUCUGAAGUUUUAUGCAUUCUUCAGAUAUUACUUAGUAUUUCAGAAAUAACAAUCGGCUUACCUUCAUAA